CAGAUUUCGAUGGAUCUGCUGAUGAAGUAGCGAUUUAGGAGUGCAAUCUGAGGAAAAAAUUGAGGUUUGAGAUUUUCUGAGCUAUGCAUUUCCAGGAGUGGUUACGGUCACUUCGCUCCAGUGCGGGUCUCAAAGGUUCUGAAUCAGAGGACUUCUGGAGUCUUCUGCCGUCUCUGCCUCUGUCCUCCUUCUCCCUGUCCUCCCUGUCUCUGUCGUCCUCCUCUCUGCUGGGUUUAGGAGCCCUGGCCUCUCUCACUGCGUACUGGCUGGUGACCCGUCCUCGACCCAUGCGUCCUCCCUGUGAUCUGCAAGCCCAGUCUGUAGCCGUAAAUGGAGAUCCAAGCUGUAGGAGAUCGGCUCUUCUUAAAGAUGACUCACUGCUGGAGUUUUACUAUGAUGACACCAAGACGGCUUAUGACAUGUUCCAGAGAGGCCUGAAGAUCUCAGGAAAUGGCCCGUGCCUUGGCUUCAGGAAGCCGGGCCAGCCCUACCAGUGGAUCUCCUACACUGAGGUGGCGGAGCAGGCGCAGGUGCUGGGCUCUGGGCUGUUGGCUAAAGGCUGCCAGCCGAACCCGCAGCAGUUUGUCGGGAUAUUUGCACAAAACAGACCAGAGUGGAUAAUCUCAGAACUGGCCUGCUACACUUACUCCAUGGCGGUGGUGCCUCUCUAUGACACCCUGGGGCUGGAGGCCAUGGUCCACAUACUCAACCUGGCGGAGAUCUCUCUGGUGAUCUGUGACCGGGAGGAGAAGGCAGCGUCUCUGUUAGAGAACAAGGAGAAAGGCGUGACGCCGAAGCUCUCCUGCCUGGUUCUCUUUAACAACUUCAGUGAAGCCUUUGUGGAGAGGGCGAAGGCCAGCGAGGUGGAGGUUUUGAAACUGGAGCAGCUCAUGGACCUGGGAAGGCAGAACCUCAAAGAUCCUGUGCCGCCCCAGCCCCAGGAUCUGGCCGUGGUUUGCUUCACCAGUGGAACCACAGGGAAGCCCAAGGGAGCCAUGAUCACCCACGGCAACAUCGCCUCCAACACUUCCUCUGUCAUUAAGAUCCUGGAGGGUUCGUUUGUGAUCCAGCAAGAGGAUGUGUCGAUCUCGUACCUGCCGCUUGCCCACAUGUUUGAGAGGAUGAUUCAGGUCUCUAUGUUCUGCCAUGGGGCCAGAGUAGGAUUCUACCAAGGGGACAUUUCUCUUCUUAUGGAUGACAUUAAAACUCUCAAACCCACCUUCUUUCCUGUUGUGCCUCGAUUACUCAAUCGCAUCUAUGACAAGAUCCUGGGUUCUGUGACGUCUCCGUUGCGACGCGCUUUGCUUCACUACGCCGUGAGGAGAAAGCAGGCGGAGCUCAGCAGCGGGGUUGUACGUAACAACAGUCUUUGGGACAAACUGGUGUUCAACAGGAUUCAGGCCAGUUUAGGAGGUAAUCUACGCUUUGCUCUGACCGCUUCAGCACCCAUCUCCCCCACAGUGCUGUCCUUCCUCAGAGCCACUCUGGGCUGUCUGAUAUUUGAGGGUUAUGGUCAGACAGAGUGCACUGCAGGCUGCACUUUCUCUAUGCCGGGAGACUGGAGCGCAGGUCACGUUGGUGCUCCUUUACCCUGCGCCAUGGUGAAGCUGGUUGACAUUCCUGACAUGAAAUACUAUGCAAAGAAUGGAGAGGGAGAGAUCUGCAUCCGUGGCCCCAGUGUGUUCAGAGGCUACUUGAGGGACCCGGAAAGGACAGCUGACGCCCUAGACAGCGACGGCUGGCUCCACAGCGGGGAUGUGGGCCAGUGGCUUCCAAACGGGACACUACGCAUCAUUGACAGAAAGAAGCACAUCUUCAAGUUGUCCCAGGGAGAGUACAUCGCUCCGGAGAAGAUAGAAAACGUCUACAUGCGUUGUGUUCCUGUGCUCCAGGUGUUCGUGCAUGGAGAUAGUUUACAGUCUUAUCUCAUAGGCAUAGUCGUGCCUGACCCUGAGGUGUUUGUUGACUGGGCUAAAGAGCGGGGAUUUGUGGGGUCCUAUGAGGAGCUGUGCCAGAAUCCUGAUGUAAAGAAUGCAGUAUUAGAGGACAUGAAAGCUGUGGGGAAAGAAGCAGGGCUGAAGUCAUUUGAACAAGUGAAGGACCUUCACUUGCAUCCAGAGACGUUCAGUGUCGCCAACGGCCUCCUCACACCCACCCUGAAAAGUAGACGUGCCGACAUCCGUAGAGUCUUUCAGGAACAGAUAUCAAGCAUGUACAGUAAAACAACCAUUUAAAAGACUCUACUCAGUAAUUCACACACAACACCCAAGGGUUACUGGUGUACAAUAAGGGAAAAAAAUAAGUGCGGGAACCUGGGGGAGAAAAAAUUAAAUUAACGUCCAGCAGUGCCUCAUCUAAAAUAUACAAUUGGAUAUAUUUUGGAAUAUUGGUAUUUUGCUUCAAAGAAGUUUUAAUUUACAUCCACUUCCGUCCACAUAUGUGUAAUACAUUAACUCUUCACAUGAAAAAUAACACAGAAUGGGCCCAAACCAUUUUAUUUCUCUCUAUGUUGUCCUUGUCACUAAUUCAAUGUUGAUUCAAUGGGAGAUUUUACUGUUAUGUAAAUUAUUGUGUAGCUGUAGAGAGAAGAAUCACAGACGUUAUUAGGAAGCAAUCUGCACAGACACUAAGUUAGAUAUUUUAUUUACACUGCCCUGUUCUUUUCCCAAGCAAGGAAUUUUAAAGGGAAACUACUUGUGAGGCCGUUAGAACUUGCAUUAAUUGUAGGUGUGUAUUUUAAGGGUUGAUGGGUCAACAUGUAAGCAUUUCAUGAACAUCCUGGAUCCUAGCUCGAUGGUCAUAUUUUUCUAAUUGGUUCUGGAAGAUUUCCUAAGCCAGUGUGAGCAUGUAAUCCUUCACCUGAUGUUAAACCAUUGCAACUAAUGAGGAUUUCAACCAGCAAUGA